UCUGCUUUUUAAGAUACCCUCAAGGUUUGUCAUCGCUUUCCUCCCAAGAUAGCCUCGUUACUUGCUUUGAUUCCACACAGUAUACCCCCUAUUUUUUCCCCGCUCCGUUUUCAACCUAAGUAUCUUUGAACGUAGCCUUCGCCAACCCGGAGUCCUGCAGAUAGAAGGGACUACAGCUCCCAUCAUCCCCGGUCAGCGUAGUUACCCGGGGAGGAAGUGGGGGGGGGAGGAAAGAAUCUGGCCUACAGAGAGCUUGAGGCGUCAAAUCAGUCCCUUCAGGCCGGCAACGGGCGUUCGUCUAGAUGGCCUUCUAGCCUUCCGUGAAUGAUGAUGAUUAUUCCGGAAGGCGUAGUUUCGGAGCCUGCGGCCCGUUCGCGCUUCCCUCCGCGUCCGCAGGCGGCCGAUCGCUUCUUCGCUCGGCUGCCUGCGGAUGAAGCUGAAGGGAGAAGGCAAACCCUCGCGGGCGAGAAGGCUCUAGGACCCAGGGGGACUCCGGGCGGCCGGCGGGGCUCUCGGAGCCAGAUUGCAAAGUCUCCUCCGUGACUCAGUCGGGCUCCGCGCAGCGCACGGUAGGCGGCGGGCGGCGGCGGAAGCACGACCAGCAGCGCCCGCACCCGCGGCGGCCGGAACAGAGAGCGAGCGGUUCGACCCAGCCGGUGCUGCGGGGAGCUCGGCGUUGGCCUGCGUGCGAGUAGAGAGCGAGCGGUGGGCCGGACCGCCCUGGGCCCCGCCGCGCUGCUCGCCCAGCUCAGGGCCUAGUCUCGGGUGGCCGCCUCCCUCUCCGCCUCCUCCGCCUCCGCUGCUCCGAACGGCGGCCGCCGCCUGUUGUCUUUUCUGCAGCGCGCGGGCGCCAAGAUGGAGUACGAGUGGAAGCCCGACGAGCAGGGGCUCCAGCAGAUCCUGCAGCUGCUCAAGGAGUCGCAGUCCCCGGACACCACCACGCAGAGAACCGUGCAACAAAAACUGGAACAACUCAAUCAGUAUCCAGACUUCAAUAACUAUCUGAUUUUUGUUCUUACGAAGCUAAAAUCUGAAGAUGAACCUACACGGUCAUUGAGUGGUCUCAUUUUGAAGAAUAAUGUGAAAGCUCAUUUUCACAAUUUUCCUAAUGGAGUAACUGACUUCAUUAAAAGCGAGUGCUUAAACAAUAUUGGUGACUCUUCCCCGCUAAUCAGAGCCACUGUAGGUAUCCUGAUCACAACCAUUGCCUCAAAAGGAGAAUUGCAGAACUGGCCUGAACUCUUACCAAAGCUUUGUAGCCUGCUAGAUUCUGAGGACUACAAUACAUGUGAGGGUGCAUUUGGAGCUCUUCAGAAAAUUUGUGAAGAUUCUGCUGAAAUCUUGGACAGUGAUGCAUUAGAACGACCUCUGAAUAUUAUGAUCCCCAAGUUUUUACAGUUCUUUAAGCACAGCAGUCCAAAAAUAAGGUCCCAUGCAGUUGCUUGUGUUAAUCAAUUUAUCAUCAGUAGAACUCAAGCUCUUAUGCUGCAUAUUGAUGCAUUUAUAGAGAAUCUGUUCGCAUUGGCUGGGGAUGAGGAGCCUGAAGUACGUAAAAAUGUAUGUCGAGCCCUGGUAAUGCUGUUGGAAGUUCGAAUGGACCGCUUACUUCCUCAUAUGAUUAGUAUUGUUGAGUAUAUGCUACAAAGGACUCAGGAUCAAGAUGAAAAUGUGGCUUUGGAGGCUUGUGAGUUCUGGCUCACUUUGGCUGAACAGCCAAUUUGUAAAGAUGUGCUUUGUCGGCAUCUUACCAAGUUGAUACCUGUUCUAGUAAAUGGUAUGAAAUACUCAGAAAUAGAUAUUAUUCUUCUGAAGGGAGAUGUUGAAGAAGAUGAAGCAAUCCCAGAUAGUGAACAAGACAUUAGGCCCAGGUUUCACCGUUCACGGACAGUAGCACAGCAGCAUGAAGAAGACGGUAUUGAAGAGGAUGAUGACGAUGACGAUGAGAUGGAUGACGAUGACACAAUUUCUGAUUGGAAUUUAAGGAAGUGUUCAGCUGCUGCCCUUGAUGUCCUUGCCAACGUAUUCCGCGAUGAAUUGCUGCCACAUAUUUUGCCCCUCCUGAAAGAAUUGCUUUUUCAUCCAGAGUGGGUAGUGAAAGAAUCAGGCAUCCUAGUUCUAGGAGCAAUUGCUGAAGGUUGUAUGCAGGGUAUGAUCCCAUAUCUUCCCGAGCUAAUCCCUCACCUUAUUCAGUGCCUCUCUGAUAAAAAGGCUCUUGUGCGCUCCAUUACUUGCUGGACUCUUAGCCGCUAUGCACACUGGGUAGUAAGUCAACCCCCAGACACGUACUUGAAGCCAUUAAUGACUGAAUUGCUAAAGCGUAUCCUUGAUAGCAACAAGAGAGUACAAGAAGCUGCCUGCAGUGCCUUUGCUACUCUAGAAGAGGAGGCUUGUACAGAACUUGUUCCUUACCUUGCUUAUAUACUUGAUACUCUGGUCUUCGCAUUUAGUAAAUACCAGCAUAAAAAUCUGCUCAUUCUUUAUGAUGCCAUAGGAACAUUAGCAGAUUCUGUAGGCCAUCAUCUAAACAAACCAGAAUAUAUUCAGAUGCUUAUGCCUCCACUAAUCCAGAAAUGGAACAUGUUGAAAGAUGAAGACAAAGACCUUUUCCCUUUAUUAGAGUGCCUAUCAUCGGUUGCCACUGCCUUGCAAUCUGGCUUCCUUCCAUACUGUGAACCAGUGUACCAGCGCUGUGUGAACCUGGUACAGAAGACUCUUGCACAAGCCAUGUUGCACAAUGCUCAGCCAGACCAGUAUGAAGCUCCAGAUAAAGACUUCAUGAUUGUGGCUCUUGAUUUACUUAGUGGUUUAGCUGAAGGACUUGGGGGCAACAUUGAACAGUUAGUAGCUCGGAGCAAUAUCCUGACAUUAAUGUACCAGUGCAUGCAGGAUAAAAUGCCUGAGGUACGACAGAGUUCUUUUGCCUUGCUAGGUGAUCUGACAAAGGCAUGUUUUCAACAUGUGAAACCUUGCAUUGCUGAAUUCAUGCCAAUUUUGGGAACCAACCUAAAUCCAGAGUACAUUUCUGUGUGUAACAAUGCCACGUGGGCAAUUGGAGAAAUUUCUAUUCAGAUGGGUAUAGAGAUGCAGCCUUAUAUUCCUAUGGUCUUGCACCAGCUUGUAGAAAUCAUUAACAGACCCAACACACCAAAGACUUUGUUAGAAAACACAGCAAUAACAAUUGGUCGUCUUGGUUACGUUUGUCCUCAAGAGGUGGCCCCCAUGCUACAGCAGUUUAUAAGACCCUGGUGCACAUCUCUUCGAAACAUAAGGGACAAUGAAGAAAAAGAUUCAGCAUUCCGUGGAAUUUGUACCAUGAUUACUGUCAAUCCUAGUGGAGUAGUCCAAGACUUUAUAUUUUUUUGUGAUGCUGUGGCAUCAUGGAUUAGCCCAAAAGAUGAUCUCCGAGACAUGUUCUGUAAGAUCCUUCAUGGAUUUAAAAAUCAAGUUGGAGAUGAAAAUUGGAGGCGUUUCUCUGACCAGUUUCCUGUUCCCUUAAAAGAGCGCCUUGCAGCUUACUAUGGAGUUUAACCUCAUAUAUUCAAGCUGCAGUACAAUAAUUAGAGGUCCUUCAGUCUGGAAGACUAGGAGGGAGCCUCUGCACCCAGGGAAAAAAUGUUACCCUUUACUGGGGGGAAGGGUAAACCAGUAGGGAAUACAGUACUAUCCCAAGCCUACUGGGAGGGGCGGGAGGGAGGUGUUGCCGUCACUGUAUUAAGCUGAUGUUGGGAAAUGUUUUAACAUCUGGAGCUUUUGUGGGUGGAAAUCUGUCUCCUGUUACAACUCUGCACUGGAUGUGAAGAAGCGCAAAAAAAAAAAAAGUCUAUUUACAACAGCUCAUUUGCAAUAUUAUGGGGAACUGUACCAAAAUGAAAACUAUAAAAUUGAAACAUAGGGAAUGUAUAAAGAGGAAAUACAUUGUGUUCAUGUGAUAAAGGAAACUGAAGAGCGAGGAUUACAGAUAGUAAAAGGGGUUGUAACAAGGGGUUUCUGUGUUGUUUCAUCUUGAUGGGAUUCCUAGGUAUUGCAUGUUGAUGAAGAACUAAACGAAUGAAGUUAGUACAGUUAAGAUGAAGUUUGCUAGUGGUAAUAGGAGCAAGCCCUUGCAGUGUACACAUUUACAUAACCCCAUAAUAAAGUAAUAAAGGUUAACACGAACAAAAUGAAGCGACUUGCAAGAUGCCAAAUGAGUCACUCCUUUUCAUUUGGGGGGAUGGGGGGGAGGGUUGUUUUAGAAGAAAAACAAAUCUUUAAUUUUACAUUAAAAUUUAAAAGGUAGUGGAUAUGAUUUGAUGGUUGUAAUUCAUUAGAUUAAUUUCUAGAGUAAGGCAUAAUUAAUGUGCAGUCUAAGGUUCAGGCAUGCAUUUUGGAUCAUAGUGAUCAAGCGUAAUUUUGGUGGGAAAGUAGCAUGCUUGCAUCAAAGAGUGAGUGGUAUACAUUUACUUAAGUUGCACCAGUUUUGUGUUUCAGUUUACCAAUUCAGUAUAACCCUGCGUUUAAAAUUCCUUUAAAAUUCUGUGGAUUUUAUUUUUAUGAAGAAUAUAGGUAUAAAAUGCUGUAGUUACAAUUAGGCCUCAAAAUAUCUUUUUAGGAUCUCUUAGGAAUAAGAUUGAUAUUGUAUUGUGUAACCUGCACAAUGUGGAAAGCUGAUAUAGCUGUGCAAAGUAUUGCCUCUGUGCUGUCAGUGUGAUGUGCUUUCUGCAUGGUUAUACUACUAGUGAUUUUUAUCAAACCUUCUAAAAUGAGUUACAUGGUAAGAUCUGUUUAAGGCUACAUAAAUGUUAGUUGGCGCAUAAAGACAAUUGUAGAAAAUUGAUGACAUGAUUGCUACAUUUCAGUGUUUAUUCCCACAAAACACAUUAUGUCUAUUAUUUUUCCUCUCUCCCCUCCCCGAAAGCAUGACCUUAAGAGAUGCAUACGUUAGUAGAUGUAAAGCAGGGUGCCUAUAUCGUGUUGGCGCAUGUUGGUGGCCCGUUGUAUCCUAGAGAGAGCACACAAGGGUGCAAGUUAAAAGCUACAGAAUGGAAGUUGGUUUGGAUCCUCUUCAUUUCAUUUGUUUAGCUUUUCUGUUUUUCCCCUCUACUCAUUUGUAUUCCGGUGAAUAAAUCCUUGUUAAGUUAACCCUUUACUUUUCUUUCCAUGUGUAUUUUCUUAUGUACUGUGAAUGUGAAAACCUAACUGGUACACUUGAUCUUGCGUUACUAUAAAAGUAGAAGUUGUGUUUAAUUUAGAUUGCAUAAAGAGUAUCCCAUGAUGAAAGAGGAAAAUGGAGAGAAAAUAACUCUGCUGGUCAGAGAUGAAGCCACAUUUUCCCAUUUUCCCUUAAGUGCUGCAGUAUUAAUCCGUGCAAAAAAAACAAAAAACAAAAAAAAAGGAAAAAAGAAAGAAAAAAGCCAUAACAGCCGCCUUACAUUUUAGCUUCUCAUCUUUGCAUUGCAAAAUUAAGUACUGGAUAACAAUUUUUGUAGGGACUGACUGCAUGAUUUGGAUUUUUUAAGGUUGUAUGGUUUAGCCAUUGCACUGAAAUUCAGUCUUGUAUGAGUGUGGAUUUAUAAAAUCUGACUUCAGAUUUUUGUUUAAUGCACGGGGGCAUGCACAAGGCUUAUACAUUCCUUUUUUUCACAUCACAAAUUUGAGUGAUUUAAUAUGCUUGAACGCGACAUUUUUAAUACAUAUUCUGUACAAGAGCAUAUAAAGAAUGAAAUUGAUUAUAGUACACCAUGAAAUUCACAAUUCUUGGAUUAAGUUGCUGUUCCAGAAGCCAGAAGUGUCUCUUUUGGCUAAAAACCCAUAGUGUAGCUUUUACAAUCAAAUGGGGAAAAAAAAAACAAAUUCCCAAGAAAUAAAUUUUAACAUUUAGUAAGGGUGGAAUAUGCCCUAGAUGAGGAGUUUUACCUUACCUUUUGGGGUGUGUGUAUGUGUGUGUGUAUGUGUGUGUGAACAGUGCAUUAACCCAAUUUCCAGAUGGGAGUUCACUAAAAUACAAAUGAUUUAUUUUAACCCAUGUGAACAACUAAGUUGCAGGUGACAUUAAGGGUUAGCACACUGUAGCCAGUUUAAAAAAUAUAUAUGCUUGUGUGUGUGCACAUUUGUUUAUAUAUAUAAAUAUAUGUGUAUAAUUUUAUUACAUGGGUUUAUAUAGAGAGAUGUGACUCUUUUACUGUGACUAAGCCAAACAUGCAGAAGAAUAAGAAACAAAGCAAUAUUGCAGUUAAAAUGAUAAUUGUUAAUGCGUUCAUUCUUCAUAGCAAAUAAAACCAUAUUUGUACUGAAUAUAACGUACUUACAGAAGCCACUUGAGUUAGAAUGUGAGGUAAGGAGGUACAACACUAACAGUUGUAAAUCAAAAAUAUUGCAUCAUGGGAUAUAUAAAGCAUCUUUUUUUCAUGUUGUCCUGACAGUUUUUGAAUGUUGACUGAAUGUUGAUACUGGUAGAAUUGUGGGUUGUCUUUGUUACAUUCCAGUGUUCUCUGCCUCUUGGCAUGCUACAAGCACGGCUUAUUAAAUCUGCUCCGUACACAGUGAAUAAAGUGCUUAGUGUGCUAAACUACAAAAAUAGCCGCUGCUAAGUGAUGUAGAUUUUCUACUUGAAUAUUUUUGUUGUAGGAACCUCAGGAGGUCAGUGUUUACUGUUUUUAUAGAUGCCUUUGUUUUCAUGUCUAAGCCCCCCCUCGCUUUUGAAGGAUUCUAACAGUGAACAAACCUGCCAAUCAACCUAAGUUGGUAACAGAAAGUGUAUUUUAAAGUAUUUUAAAUACAUCUCUUUUGCAGUUAAACUUAUCUAAUACAGUAGGAUUUUCUAUUAAUACAGUUUUUACUGUUAAGAAAAAAAAUCCUUUGUUUCAUUUCAUUUCUUUCAGAAUUAGGGGAAUGAAUACAUUUGUAAGACCUUCCUUUUUUAAAAGAUUGUUUUCUAAAACGGUAUAUGCACAUCAUUAUAAGAUCUAUAUACUAAUGUAACUGUCUUCAAGCUGACACCCUCUAGAGGUGAGUUGGAAGGGUGCCAAAUUGUGGAAGUCUGCUUUAAUGCUUUGCACCCUGAUUCUUAAGCAUAUUUAAUUUGAAGGCAGUCCUGUUCAUUUCAGAGGGACUCACCUUAUUUAAUUUCCACUUAAUAGGGUGCAGUCAUGGUAAGAUGCAUAGAAUAAUGGAUGUUAAAAUACAUAGCCAAUAGGAUUUUUUUAAACAUAAAAUAAUUUUAGUUUUGUAAUAAAUACUAUUGAUACACACUGUGAUAAUUAUGGUUUUUUUUAAGUAUUGGCAUGAAUUACUUAAGCUACAUAAAUACUGUGUAAUUUAGAUUUGUACUACUUGUAAGAGGAUUUCCAAAGCUGAAAUUUUUGUUGCUAUUUGAAUAAGAAAUAUUCAUACUAGUUUUAUCUCAGGUAAAUACUCUUGUACCUUUUUUGUUUAGCUAGAGGCUUCUAAUGUGUCUUAAGUGUACCAGUUUGUGUUUCGUAAAAGAACUGCCUAAUGUCUUAAAUUCUCAUAUCUAAAUUAACUUACUGUGGGACAGCAAUGACUUUGCUUCAAUACAGGUCACCUAUUUUAUUCAUAUUGAAUGUAUUAACAAAGAUGUAUAACAUUCUUCUUAAUAGAAGAAUGCAUCUGCAGAAUGGCACCUGAAAAUCAUCAUAAAGGGUGCUUUAUGUUGUGCAGUUCAAAGCUGUGUUCCUGAUUUAAAAA